UUAUUUGUGUUUUUAACAAUAUCGGUCUGACCAAAAUACACGUGCUGAAAAUUAUCUGUACGUUAAAAAACAUUACCAGUUAUCGCAAAAAUAGAUUUCAGAAAUCGAAUUGCGUAUUGCUUCAGAAUCAUCCCCGGAUAAAGAUACCUAAAAACCAAUUCAGGAUUUCACGAAGAGUUUUAUUACUUCUGAUUACUCUUAGAGAAGCUUCUAUAAAAUGGCGACAACAAGGAUUUCCCAAUACCUUCCUCCUAACAUCGACCCAACUCAAGCACCUCUGGCAUACGGGUCCAGGGCUCUACCUAAAUUGAACAGUGAGCUGAAUGAGGAGUGUGAUCUGUUGACUAGACAGAGGGCUUUGAUGGCACUGUGCGACCAUCUCAGAGACCCAGAACACAUCCAACACGCCAUUCAGUGUGGCAUCAUUUUGAGCUUGAAAAAACUGCUGGCGGAUGAUGACGUCACUGUGCGAUGGAAGACGUUAGAAGUUCUCUACAUCAUUUCCUGUCACUCGGUGGGUCGCAAUGCAUACCUGGAGGAGGACGUGAUUGGUCCGAUUGCGGAGCUGUUUGAGGACUCGAGUGACGUGGUGAGGAAAUUCGCCCACCAGGCGAUUGAGAUGGUGGCCGAGUUGGCCAUAGGGGCACAGGGUGUGGUGGAUGGGAACCUAGUGCCAAUUCUAGUGGCCAAACUGAACGACGAGACAGACGAGAUCAAGGGCUCCAUUCUGGACACGCUUCAUUUCUGUCUGAAAGUGAACACGGAGGAUGCUCUCAAUUCAGGCGCAAUGCAGGUGUUUCAUAGUCUCCUUGACCAUCAUGACCCACACAUCAGGGCUAAAGCUGCAAGGGACAUCAUGGAUCUCAGUGUUCCCCUGGCGGGUAAAGUGAAAGCGCACGAGGUGGGCAGUAUGAAGAGACUGAUUGAGCUGAUGGCGGAUGAGGAGCCGGAAGUGAGGGCCAACUGUGCAGCUGCCAUCAUGUUCAUUGCGAUCACUACCCAGGGAAAAUACCAGGCCAUAGAGCACAAUGCGAUCGAGACACUGCUGCUCAAUCUGGAGGAUACUCACAGUGCCGUCAGACUCAACGCCGUCAAGGCUCUCACUGGUCUUUCAGAGGCACCCGAAGGAAGAAAGCGACUUAUGAACGAAGUCGAUAAGUUCGAGAAAAUGAGAAAUGAUUCGAGCCUUGCAGUGCAAACGGCAGUGGACAUGGCCAUCAAGGUGAUCACGUGGACGCCAUAGAUCGAACAAUUAACUGGAUCAAUUAUUUCACUGUACCACCCAAGGACACAUUGAUUCAAUUCAAACUCAGUUUCGAUAGCUAUGAUGCGUAUAUAAUUAUCUCAAAUUACAAGGCCAAUAUUACCGAUUUCCUCCUCAUUCUGAUAAUCGUAAUGGAAUUAAAUUUGGUCACUCA